UACAGCCGCAGUACUUGCAGCUAUGGCAUUUUACUGGGCCUUCGUACUUCUUCUGAUUUAUAGCAUAGACCACACAAAUGGAGUUUGUAUACAAUCUUUAACUUUAGAUCACGGAAAGGUCACAUACAAGGACAAUGGAUUUUCAGUGCUGUUUGAGUGUGAUCCCGAUUACAUCCUGCAGGGAAAUGCUGAGCUUCCCUGCAAUGAGGAUGGUCGUAUUACAGAAUUAAAGCCAUUCUGUGCCAAAAGCGGCUGCAAAUUUGAAAACGGAACCAUUACAAAUUCUCUAAAGCUAGAGGUAUCAUGCCCGAAUGCAGAUUUGUUUGGACAUUCCAUUGCCUAUUGCGAUGGAGAAGAGUGGAGCAACGAGCUGGGAACAUGUUACACUCAACCCACACCAGCGUACUCCUGCAAUUUCGAGAACAUGAAUAGGUGCAACUGGAUGCCGUUCCCGUAUCCUAGUCUUUGGAAUCGGGUCAGUGAUGUCACCCACUUCCAUUACGCCGAAACCGGACCCUACAAAGAUAGCGAAUCCCAUGGAUACUACAUGCGGAUGUUGACCGGGAGAGGCAAGUUCUGGGACAGGCACUACUUGCUAUCGCCAACAUAUCCCAAGGAGUUCAGUCAGCACAACGCCUGCUUCUCGUUCAGCUACUACAUGUUCGGUCGCGGAGUGGAUUCUCUAGAAGUGUCCGUUGCACCAGACUCCAAUCCCAUUAAUGGCACCAUUUGGAAGCGUAUUAUAGCUGAAUCCCAAGCAGCCAAGUGGUUAACUCUGACGAUCCCAAUUCCUAAAAUGGAGCAGGACUUUAAAGUGGUAUUCACGGGAAAACACGCUAGGCGUCAAUUCGGGGACAUCGCCAUCGACGAUGUGAAGCUAAUGUCUGGUGAGAACUGUCCAACUGUCUCGUAGGUCAGGUGCCACCAAAUCCCAACACUCUGGUUAACAUUCUAAAACCUUAAAUUAACGAUUUUUAAUUUCAAUAAAUAUUGGGUACAA